GAAAGAUGAAGCUUUGCCAGGGAGAUUUCCCUGAGGAACAGAAUUAUGAAAUUCUCAGCAGCUCACUGGAAGAAGAAGACAAAGGCUGCCGAUGCAAGCGGUUGCUAAUAAAGUUGAAGCCCAAUUGUCAAGCUUCACGAUCAAGAGUUGAUGGAGGGAAGCAGCAAUUUGCAGACAUGGCGGUGAUUGUGGGGAUAGACCAGGAAACUGGUAUCCGGAGGAAGAUAGUAUUGAGAAGCAAUCGUUCAGGGUUGAAGUUAGCUACAAGGCUGAAAUUGUAUCUAGACCAGAAGCAAAAUGAAGAGAACAAAACCAGGUUUCUUAUGGAUCAAAACUCAGAAGAUCAUGAAUCAAAGGAACAUUUUAGUGAUGAGACUCCAAAUAAGAAAGCUCCAGAGAGAACAAUCUCCACAAUCAAAAGAGAACUUGCAGGAUCCCCACUUGGCUGGCCGCUUCUCAGGAGAAAAUCGUCUCAGAAGCAACCGAGUUUUAGGAAAUGUAGCAGUCUUAGUGAAACCUCUUCUUCCACUCUAGUUUCUGCAUUUUCGAGGCAGUCAUCGGCGGCUCGAAGAAACCCUUCUGCAUCAGCAUCAGCAUCUGAUUUCUGGGAGGAAUUCGUAACCGACGAGGAUAGGAUUCAGAACUCAAAGACUGACUUUAAUUCCAGAGGAUGUGUCCAUCAUAGUGAUGAUGAUGAUGGUUUAAAGUCCUCUCCCUGCAAACUGUUUAGCCAUGGAGAGUUGAAGAAAGCCACUCAAGAUUUCUCUCCACAGAACUUGGUUGGAGAAGGAGGUUGCAGCAGUGUGUACAAAGGCUGCCUUCCUGAUGGGAAAUCAGUAGCAGUGAAAGUACUGAAACCUUACAAGGAAGCUUGGAACGACUUCUCAUUAGAAGUCGAAAUCAUGUCUUUAGUAAAGCAUCGACACAUCACUCCUCUCAUUGGUGUCUGCAUUGAAGGAGAGUCUCUCAUGUUGGUCUAUGAUUUCCUGUCCAAUGGCAGCUUGGAGGAAAGCCUGCAAGAUGAUGGUGAGGAGAAGGCUGUACUGCCAUGGGAAGUGAGGUUUAGAGUGGCUGUUGAAGUUGCUGAAGCUCUGAGUUACUUGCAUAGUGAAUGUCCAAGGCCAGUCAUCCAUAGAGAUGUCAAGUCUUCCAAUAUUCUCCUGUCCAGUGAUCUUCAACCACAGUUAUCAGAUUUUGGGCUUGCCAUAUGGGGCCCAGCAAAUUCGACCCACAUGACAAACAAAGAUCUGGUUGGAACCUUUGGGUACAUAGCUCCAGAGUAUUUCAUGCAUGGAAGGGUGAGUGAGAAAGUAGACAUUUACUCAUUUGGUAUUGUUCUGCUGGAACUGGUCUCUGGAAGGAAAGCAAUCAUCACAAACAAUAGUUCAAAAGCACAAGAGGGAUUAGUCAAAUGGGUGAGCAUUUCCUUAUUCAGUUUGACCUUACCUAACUUCCCAUUUGGUCAACAUUUGCCUCGUGUAUUGCUUGUUCAUCAAGAAACUGAAAAUUGGUCAUGUUUGUUUAUGGUCCAGGCGAUUCCGUUGAUGGAAAGUGGGAAUCACAGAGGAUUGCUUGAUCCAAGGUUAAUGAGCGAGCAAGUGGAUAACUCUCAAUUAGGUAGAAUGGUUUUGGCUGCCACCCUUUGCACCAAAGCCUCAGCCAGAUUGCGUCCAACAGCAAACCAGAUCAUCGAGCUUUUGAAAGGGGUGAAAUGCGAAAAGGAAUGGACAAGUUGUUACAUCAACUAUCUAACGGAGACGAGUAAUCAAGAGGAAGGUGACGAUGAAAGUCUACAAAGACAUGAUUAUAAGUCGUCAUUGGACACUUCAUGGCUGGAUUUAGGCUUGGAAGAUGCAACUCAGUUGGGAAGCAGCAGGGUCAUUACCAAGCCGAGGAAAAAACUGAAGGACUACUUGAAGGAAGACCAAUUUUAAUAAUCUAUUAUUAAACUUCAACUGCUCAUCUAUUUUUUUUUUUUUUUAGAAACUCACCAUAGUCUUAUAGGAAGUUAAACACUACUUCGGAAAUUUGAUGUGGAAGUAGGUAUACCUUCCAAUUAUGUACAGAGAUUCCUAACACAAAACCUCAGAAGCUACGUAUUGAUUUCUUAAUGGAAUAUAGUUACG